AUGUCCAGUGUGGUGUUCAAUGUUGGUGGCAAAAACGCCAUCGAUUUAUUUCCCACAACAAUUGGUGGUGCAACAAAAAUGUAUCGCUAUCAGCACAUAAUGCCAGCGCCCGAUCUAAAGACAUCGCCAAUCACGACAACGACAACAGCAGCAACUGGUUCGGUGGCGCUGAUUAAGACACGCAAAUAUGUGCCGCGUGGCAUGCUGCUGGCAAAUGCAACAUCAGCGAGCAGCACCAGUAGCAACAGCAGCAGCAACAGUGGCAGCAACAGCAACAGUGGCAACUCAACAAUCUCAACGAUUUGUUGCAACUCAACGUCACCCUACAAUGUGGAUCAAUCGCAGUCCGUGCAACGUCGCAAUGCCCGUGAACGGAAUCGGGUCAAGCAGGUGAAUAAUAGUUUUGCCCGACUCCGUCAACAUAUCCCACAAUCGAUCAUCGCCGAUCUGACAAAGGGGGGCGGACGGGGACCACACAAGAAGAUCUCCAAGGUGGACACGCUGCGCAUCGCUGUCGAAUAUAUUCGUCGGCUGCAGGAUCUCGUCGAUGAUCUGAAUGGUGGACCCGGCAGCAACAACAACAGCAGCAGCAUCUGCAACCAGUUGAAUCUCUGCCUGGACGAGACAAGCAGCAACAGUUCCCAAUCGAGUCACAGCUCCGUUUGCAGCUCGAGCAGUCAACAGCAUCAGCAGCAACUGCAACAGCAGCAGCAGCAACAACAGCAGCAACAUCAUUUGUAUUAUACGAGUGCGUUGCUGUCAACUGCUACGCCCACACCGUUGCAGCAGCAGCAGCAAUUGCAGCGCCAACAGUUUCCCAAUAAUCCGCUAACGCCAAUUUCCCUCAAUGGCAACAGUAGCAACACUAACAACAACAACACCAACAGCGUGCAACAAACAGCAGCAGGCGCAACAGGCACAGCAGUAGCAGCCUCUGCCUGCCACUCGCCGACAUCGUCCUUCAAUUCGAGCAUGUCAUUUGACUCGGGUACCUAUGAGGCAGCACCGCAACAACUCUCACCGAACGUGCCACAGCUCAAAUUCGAGCCUUACGAGCAUUUCCAAUUGGACGAGGAGGAUUGCACGCCGGAUGAUGAGGAAAUCUUAGACUACAUUUCCCUGUGGCAGGAGCAAUAA